AUGAAAAAUGUGGGUAAAGGCUUGAGGAGCAAAGCCAGAUGGAAAUGGCUGAAAGUAGAGAACUUGAAAAAGCUUCAAGUGUCAGGAGAAGUAAAGGUCAAGUGUAAACCUAAGCCCAGGGAACUAACCCCCUGCCUUGCCCUGUCCGCCCUUCGCCUCUGGAUUGCCGCGAGGAUCAAGAGCUCAGGGUUGACUGCGCUCCCACGCCAACCUUCGGGGCCCGCAGCCACCACCGGCGCUGGAGCCUACGAAUACUCUCCACAGCCUCAAGAGAUCCAUCCGGUCCAGCAGGUGUGUCCCCCAUCUGCACCAGCGGGCGUAGCCGCAGCCUCCGGGUUCACCUGGCGCCGGAACCCAGGAGGGAGCGGAUCCACAGUUCGACACAGACCCGGACAGAAGGCGAAGGGAGGGGCGCCCUCGGCCCGCGAGAGGAGCAGCCCCAAACCCCAGCCCAGGAGCCCUGGGUCCAGCCUCUCCUCCCCGCGGGAGAUACAAGCUCUGCUCCCCCAACGCCCCUCCCGGAGCUUCCCGUCCGCCGCGCCGGCGCCGGCGCCGGCGUGGGGAGAGUUAAUUUCAACAGCCUCUCCCAGGGUUCCGGGGGCCGGGUCGUCCAGAGCACCUCCCAUUGGCCGCGGAGCCGGCUCGGCGCUGAUUGGCUGGCGCUCCCGGCUGCGGCUCUCCCCGGCUCCCGAUUGGGCGCCGCGCUCCAGUGACUGGAGCGUGGCGGCCCGGCCUCCGCUGGCUACCCCUGGCCGGAGCUGCCACGGGCUUCGGCAGCUGCCCGGGGACGCUUAUCCCGGGCUGGAGUCCCGACUUGCUUCCCCGAUACAGAUCGAUCCCGUUGCCUUCCCCGGGACGCCACCGAUCUUCUCCAGGAUCCUUUUCCUCCCUCCUGACUCCCAAAUUCCAGCUAACCCUUGACCUCUUGACAUUUGACCCUAACAGUCUCCGCUCCAGACCUCUCAAUUCCUAUCUCCUGCAGCCCGGACUGCUAAGACUGAGGCCC